AGUGGACGGGCCGUGGUGGGACUUUGGUGCAAGUUUGUUCCGAGGAACUAGAAAAUAAAAAAGUGAUGCCGCCGAGUAAAAGCCUCUUCGCGCCUUACAUCUCUGUGGCCCCGGAGGGAGGAGUCGGCACCGCGGACAUCCAAGCUCUGCUGCAACGGAGCCGCGCGCAGGAGCGACCGGGGGCAGAGCGCACCAGACGCGGCUGCGACCACCGAGACGCUCCGUGCGCCAUCGUGGAGCUCCGGCUGGGCCCCGCGCUGCACUACCUUCAGCCGGAUACGUGCUCGUUGGAGCGGGUGCAGAGACGGAGACGCCUGGCUGCCAACGCCCGGGAGAGGAAGAGGAUGCUGGGGCUCAACGUCGCCUUCGACCGGCUGCGGAGCGUCAUCCCCAACCUGGAGAGCGACAAGAAGCUCUCCAAAUCCGAGACGCUCCAAAUGGCGCAGAUUUACAUCGCAACCCUCAGCGAGCUGCUCGAGGAGGAACCCUACGAAGCCCCGGCACAGACCCGCGCAACGCGACCCCCGGGGGCCGCUCCACCCUCACAGGGGACCGCUCCACCCUCACAGGGGACCACACUUGCUGCUGGGGACCCGGAGGGGCCAGUCAGGGACUUUCACAUCGGGAAGAGCAGCGGAGGCCCGACGCGCACAGCGGAGAGGCAGAGGAGUUAUAAUGAGGACAUGUGGGAGAGAACGAGCGGGACCAAAUGACAUAAUACACAAUUCAUUUUUAAAAAAUAUAUGUAAUUAUGUUUCCUGCAAAAGACAUUAAGCUCCUGGAUUUAUUGCAAUUUUUUCCAAUUUGCCAAAAGAGUUAUGUAUUUUAGAUGUUUGUCUGAACCACCCGUUAAUGAGUUUAAAUGUAUUUUUCUAACACAAACACUUCUGAUGUCAUUGUAUCUCUUUCACGGUGUCGGUGUCUUGGAACAAAGUUGUAGAUAUUCUCCAAUAAUCUGAAACAAAAGUUUGCAGAAGAAAGAACUUUUCCACCAAAAUGAAUCUUUCAAAAACAAGAAAAGAUCAACAGAAAGAAAAGACAGGCGGAGCAGGAAAGUACUGAAAGUAGCAAUUUUUAUUAUUUUAAAAUUAUAUACAGGUAACCAAAAACAGUCAGCAAAUUGGUACAAAGAUCAAGUUUUCCUGCAGUUGGCUUUAAGAAGCUCUCUGUCCGUCUGUCCAGAACAACAUGACCGGGAGGAACAGCUUUAGAAAAUGAAAAAGAGUCAGAUUCAGAAAAGUAGAGUCUACCGGUCUAAAUUUAAAUGUAACCCCCCCACCCACUACCCAUCAGCCUCUCCCCCUACAUGAGGAAAUCAAUCUAUGUACAAGAACUAUGUACAAUAAGCUCGUCCAUUCAUUCUUCCAGACGUCUGUGAAUAAAGCUCUUGUAAAAGUUUAAAAAA